CUCUCCCCACUGCUUUACCUCUGUUUCCUCCCCUUCAAUUCCUCUGCUGCUGCCUCCAUCUCUCUUUCCGCAUUCUUUGCUCAUACCAUUAGCGGAUUGGCAUCCAAACUCGGAAUUGGGAUCAGGACAAGGAGGACUAGCUUUUGAUUGUGAGGUGCUGAGUGUAUGAUAGGAGUUGAUUCUGAAUGGAUUCUACUGCUGGUUAACUAUAACUAAAAUUUAUGGCCUUUGAUUUUGGGGUGAUGUUCUGGGGGGAGAACAAGAAUUAUGUCAUCAGAUUGGAUCAUAGUGCCUGCACAUUGAUUUGGAAGAGCUAUACUAAGAGCAGCAACUGUGGAAUGGCAUUCAGAACAUCCCCAAGAAAACAGAAAACAUCCUUGGGAUUUGCACCUGUGCUUUUUGAAUCUUUGCCAUCUUUUAUACCUUUGUCUAUCAAGAUCCCUAUGGAUGAUGGUUACCAUGAAUCCUUUUCUCUAUAUUGCUGUUUUUUAUAACAUUAUUGAUUUCUAUACGAGGCGCUCAAGGAUUUGAUUGAGCCAGGAAGGAAAUUUAUAACAUUCUCAAAAUGCCCAGUUUAGGAAUUCAUGGCCUUCUUGGUGGUAGAAAAAGAUUUGUUGAUUUGGAGGUGCAACUACAUGUUCCAGUUCAAACUAAUCUGGCCCUUACCCUGCAAGCAUCGCAGGAGUUAUACUGCCCUGUUAUUCCUGGGUUGCCUGAUGAUGUGGCCAAGUUCUGUCUCACGCUUGUGCCCCGCAGAGACCUCCCUGUUAUAGGUGCUGUUUGUAAGAGAUGGAUGUCAUUCAUUAAAAGCAAGGAGUUCCUUGCUGUAAGGAAGGAGGCUGGAAAGCUCGAGGAGUGGGUGUAUGUCUUAACUGGUGAUGCCGAUGGAAGGGAGAACCAUUGGGAAGUAUUAGUUGGCUCUGGGGAAAAAGGCAAGGUGCUGCCCUCAAUGCCUGGUCCUGUCAAAGCUGGGUUUGGAGUUGUCGUUAUUGAUGCCAUCCUUUUCAUUAUUGCUGGUUACUCAGUUGACAUUGGGAAAGCAUGUGUUUCGAAUGAUGUUUAUCAGUAUGAUUCUCGUCUUAACAGAUGGAGCACAUUAGCCAAGAUGAAUGUUGCUCGCCAUGACUUUGCUUGUGCCGAGCUUAAUGGCAACAUAUAUGCUGUGGGUGGGUUUGAUUCUAAUGGUGACUGCUUAUCGAGUGUUGAAGUUUAUGACCCCAACAGAAAUAUGUGGACCUUAAUCGCAAGCCUUCGCUGCCCAAGGUGGGGUUGCUUUGCUUGCAGCUUUGAGGGCAAGCUUUAUGUAAUGGGUGGGCGUUCUAGCUUCACAAUCGGCAACUCCAGGUUUGUGAAUGUGUACAAUCCACAGCACCAGUCAUGGUGCGAGAUGAAAAGUGGCUGUUUGAUGGUUACUGCACAUGCUGUGCUGGCCAAGAAGCUAUUCUGUUUCGAGUGGAAGAAUCAGCGGAAGUUGGCAAUAUACGAUCCGGUUGACAACUCAUGGCGUAAGAUCCCUGUGCCUGUUACAGGGAGCUCAGCCGUAGCAUUCCGCUUUGGGAUAUUUGAUGGCAAGUUACUGCUUUUCUCACUCGAGAAGGUACCGGGGUACCAGACACUGCUUUAUGAUCCUGAUGCUCCUGUAGGAUCUGAGUGGAAAACAUCUUCACUUAAGCCUUCUGGCUUGUGUUUGUGCAGUGUCACAAUCAAGGCAUAAUGGUCACAUGCUUAGGGUUCUGUGAAUGGUUGUUAUUGUUCAUAUGUUCUUCACAUUGCAUAUAAGACCUGUUCUCCUAUUAUGUCAAUUAGGUCUAUGAACUCUGGAAUUGUUGACUGCAUAUUCCUGCAAGUUGUGGUGGAUUUUUAGUA